UCCCUGUCCCGCUGCGGUGACGGCGGCCCGGGGACACCGCCUGGGCUCUGCGCCGCGCACGUACCCCGAGCGCCCCUACGCGGAUCCUAGACGCCUCCUCUGCGCGCUGGUGUCGCCCAGACGCCGUGAAGGGCCAGGCUCCAACUGUCGCCGGGAUCCAAACAGCGUCAGCGACGCAGGGCCAGGCCGUCCCGGCGACUAGGAGACAACUCGGUUCCCGCCCAAGGCCUGGUGGAACAUGUUUUCGGGGACGCAGUUUGCGUGACAGUUGCUAGACUAUGUUUCCACUUCUGAUCGUACUCAGCCAGCUGACCAGACUUACCCUCGCGGUUCCUCAUUGGACAAAAAGCCUAAAGGAUUCCGAACAUGUCCGAGAAGAAGUCUUUGCAUCGAAAGAAGCAGCAAACGUCUUCAUGCACCGCCGCCUCCUGUACAACAGGUUUGAUUUAGAGCUCUUCACUCCCGGGGACCUAGAGAGAGAAUGCUAUGAGGAGUUCUGCAGUUAUGAAGAAGCCAAAGAGAUUUUCAGGGAUGACGAGAAAACGAUUACAUUUUGGCGGGAUUAUUCGAUGAAAGGACCGACCACGCGAUCAGAUGCUAACAAAGAGAAGAUAGAUGUUAUGGGCCUUCUGACUGGACUAAUUGCUGCUGGAGUAUUCUUGGUUAUUUUUGGCCUAUUUGGUUACUAUCUGUGCAUCACCAAGUGUAAUAGGCAGUCAUAUCUGGGUUCCUCAGCUGUCUACACAAGAAGGACCAGACACAUACCCUCCAUCAUUUUCAGAAGCCCUGAGGAGGUUGUCUUGCCUUCAUCGCCACCUUCAGAGGACAUAGGGCUACCUUCCUAUGAACAGGCAGUAGCACUGACCAGAAAACACAGCGUCUCACCACCGCCUCCAUAUCCUGGGCCAGCGAAAGGAUUUAGGGUAUUUAAGAAGUCUAUGUCACUCCCGUCUCACUAAGCCCACCUUGCCGCCUUUCUUGCCGCCUUUCUGUAAGACAUUCAUGUGGUUUGAAUGAUUUGUUCUCCCCGAAACAAAAAACGAUUUACCUGUUCAGCUUUCUAUGACAAACUGCAAGGAAUAAAGAAGCAAAACAUACUGAACAGAACUCACCACAGUUCUGCUUCCGGCUCAGACUGGAACUGGAUCUCUAUCAUCUUGGUAAGAGACUUCAGCUCCAUUUCCUUGAAGUGAAGAAGAAAGUGCCGUUUUGCAAUGUACGUUGUACUGGUUCAUAAAUCUUUGUUAUAGCUGGGUAGUGUGAUGUGUGCCUAUAAAUGUAUGUUGUACUGGUUCAGGAAUCUUUGCUAUAGCUGGGUAAUGCAAUGCAUGCCUAUAAUCCCCACACCUAGGACACUGAGUUGGGAGGGAUGAGAGUUCAAGGACAGUCUUAGCCCUAUCCAGACCCUGUCUCAAAACAAGACAAAGUUUGUUAAUAGAAGGUGCAACUAGGAACUGUCAAUCAUUAGUUUAUUUCAAGUCAUGAUACUGGAUCUCUUCAUUAGGAUUUCUUCUUGGCUGAGAAUACUUCACAGAAUUUGACAUUUUGAUUUAAAUCUGGGGCCUUGAUAUAAUCACCUGGUUUUCUAAUUUAAUUGGUGCAGAGCCUUCACCAAAUUUGCAGGUCUUAGUUUUUUCACUUGCUAUCAAUCAUGUUUCCAUGGGAUAAGAGGAGCCAAGAGAGUUUUGUUGUUGUUUCUAAAAGUUACUAUUCUUAGGCUUAAGGGACAUCUAGUUUGGAAAAGUGCUUAUCAUACAAACAUAAGGAUCUGAGGUCGAUCCUCAGUAUCCAUGUCUGAAACAAACAAAAACACAAAACAACAACAACAGCGUGAGUACUUGGAUGCAUACCUAUAAUCCUAGCACUGGGGAGAAGGACAUAGGAGGACCCCUGGGGUUAGUGGCUAGCCACUGUAGCUGAAUCAGGAACCUCCAAGUUCAGUGAGAGACUUGGUCUCAAAAGUUAAGAUGAAGCCAGUGAGGUAGUGCACUCCUUUAAACCCAGCACUUGAGAGGCAGAGAUCUCUGUGAGCUUAAGACCAGCUUGUUCUGCAUUGUGAAUUCUAGAACAGCUAGAAAGCCUGCCUCAAAAAAAAAAAAAAA